AUGGUGGUCGUAAAGCAACUCUACUCCUCGAACCGCGCGAUGCUUCGACAUGUGGCCCUGGGGACUUAUAGAAGAUCUCGUAUACAAGCGCUCUCGUCGUACCAAGUCUCCAGCAGUCGUAACACCCGUGAGCGCAGAUUGCUGGCGCACCGCCCUCUGGCCCUAAACAUCCAACAAGAACGCAAAUUCGUGGCCGCAGUCGCUCGAGGUGUGCUCCGUCUACGAUGGUUUCUGGCGACCGGCGCCAUUGGCGGAAGCUUGGCGGCUAGAAAUUGGUAUGAAGACUGGAAGGCCAAGCUCCCCGAUUUCUCGAUGCCCGAAUGGGCCAAAUUUGACGAUUCUGGCGCAUUUCAGGAGCUUACGACCAAAUUGGCUGCGAUGAAAGCCGGCUUCGGCGACGCGAAGGAGUCGUGGCUGCAGAAGAUGGAGGAGAGAAGAAGAAAUAAUUCGAAAGAGCAAGGGCAACAAGAACACAAUCAACAGUCUGGCCCGUCUGGAGUGAAAGAAGGUGUCGGUCUGGCGGCGCUCUUCAGCGCUUUUGGUAACCAGGAAGAGAAGAAAGAAGAAGAGAAAAUGGUCGAGAGUGCCGAGGAGCGACUUCAAAAACUGCAGGAGGAGAUGCUCAGGACUCAGAGCCAAUACCAGCACGAGUUGGAGCGGCUCGAGAAGGAGAACAAGAACCUGAAGCAGCGAUUGUUGUUGACGGACCAAGGGGCAGCACGGCGGAUGAAGCGGCUAAAGCGCUCGUUGAUCGAUAUGUACUCCGAGGUGCUGGAUUUGCUGAACGAAUACGACUCGUCGUACAACACUGCCGACAAUCUGCCACGAGUUGUCGUUGUUGGAGACCAGAGCGCCGGAAAAACCUCCGUGCUGGAGAUGGUUGCGCAAGCCCGUAUCUUUCCGCGAGGAUCUGGCGAGAUGAUGACUAGGGCACCUGUUAAGGUAACAUUGAGCGAAGGCCCAUACCAUCUGGCGUCGUUCAAAGAUUCGUCACGCGAGUUUGAUCUGACCAAAGAGGCUGAUCUGCGACAACUUCGCAGCGAAAUCGAGAUCCGGAUGCGCAACUCGGUAAAAGAUGGACGCACGGUCAGUCAUGAUGUUAUCGCGCUUACUGUGAAAGGCCCCAACCUCCCUCGUAUGGUGCUCGUCGACCUGCCGGGCGUCAUCUCCACCGUUACGGCUGACAUGGCUCGCGAGACAAAGGAUGACAUCAUCAAAAUGAGCAAACAGCACAUGGAGAACCCCAAUGCCAUUAUACUCUGUAUACAAGACGGUUCUGUUGACGCCGAGCGUAGCAAUGUGACGGAUCUCGUCAGCAGCAUCGACCCAUCCGGUCAACGUACAAUCUUGGUGUUAACAAAGGUCGAUCUUGCCGAGCAAAAUCUGGCCAACCCGGACCGGAUCCGGAAAAUCCUCGAGGGCAAGCUGUUCAACAUGCGCGCGCUUGGCUAUUUUGGUGUUGUGACGGGCCGUGGAAACUCGAACGAGAGCAUUGAAGACAUCCGCAAAUACGAAGAGGAAUUCUUUGCCAAGAGCAAAUUGCUCAAGGAUGGCGUCCUGAAGCCAUCACAAAUGACGACGCGCAGCAUGUCGUUUGCCGUCUCAGAGUGCUUUUGGCGGAUGGUCAGGGAUUCGAUCGAGAGCCAGUGCGAUGCAUUUAGGGCAACGCGCUUCAACCUCGAAACAGAGUGGAAGAACACGUUCCCCCGUCUACGCCAACUGGAUCGCGAUGAACUUUUUGAUAAGGCUCGCGGCGAGAUUCUUGACGAGAUUGUGAAUCUGUCUCUGGUUGGAGCAGAGGAAUGGGAACGACUUCUUCAUACCCGGCUGUGGAAUGCUGUAUCGGGGCAUGUCUUUGAUCAGAUUCUGAUGCCGACCAGCUCUCUCAACAACGCCGGCACGUUCAACACCCAGGUCGACAUCAAGCUCAAGCAUUUUGCCGACAAAGGACUGGCCGUGGAGAGUGUGGAUGCUGGUUGGGAGACGCUGAAAGAAGUCUUCCGGCGGCAGAUCGAAAAAGACGACAAGCUUCGGCGGGACCACGACGUCAUCUUUGACCCGCUAAAGACGGCGGUGGUGAACGCGGCAUGUGAAGAACACCAUUGGGACGAGAAGGCCAUCGAAUAUUUGAGGGUCAUCCAGCAGAGCGCCAUUGAAGAUCGGGCCGUUCCGGACAAGCGAGCCUGGGAUCGGGCUUGUAACUUUAUGAGGAAAAGCGCCGAGGCGAGGCUGGCUGAGAUCACCACCCAAAUGGCCAACGAUCGAGGACCGGGUCUUUGGGGCAAAUGGUUGCGCUGGAAGACGCCUUCUGCUGACAACCACUUUUGCUGCGCCAUCCAGGACGAGCUGAAGCAGUUUUUGGCCAUUGAUCCGGAUCAUAAACAGGGGCUGACGGACGAGGAUAUGCUUGUCAUUCGCCGAAAUAUCGAGGCUCGUGGCUACAUUGAGGUUCCUCUCGACUUGAUACGCCGACAGUGGAAGCUGAUGUUCAAGAAGCAUUUCCUUGAAAAGACGAUACAGGCGGCAAAGGAUUGCGGCUCGCUGUACCAGCACUAUCGCCAGGGCCUCAACGAUCAAGAUCUCGACUGCCAGGCCGUCGUCCUCUUCUACCGCAUCGAAAAGAUGAUCUCGUUGACGUGCAACGCUCUUCGCCAGCAAAUCACCAACACCGAGCAGCGACGGUUGGAGAAAGAGAUUAAGGAAGUGCUCGAUUAUUGGUCCUCUGAAUCCGACAUCAAGAAAUCUUUGCUAACUGGCAGACGCGUAGAGUUGGCCGAGGAAUUGAAACAAGUCCGCCACAUCCAAGAACGCCUCGAAGAAUUCAUGACUGCCUUGCAACGGGAAAAACAC